UACCAUAGAUGCGUUUGAUGUCUGAAAGCUGGAAUGACUAAAUAAUAUCGUUUUGUGUUUGGUCGAUUUGUCCAUAUUAUAUCAUGUACUAGCAGUCCGCAUUAUGACAUAAUCUUGGUGCAUAUUUCGACAUUUUUGUUUUAGCGAGUUGCGUCGUUAGAAAAGUAGUUGCUACAUUUUCAUGAACUCAUUUCUGUAAGUCAUCAGUAAAGGCGUGUUGUUGCUUCAUACGUAGCUGUAGAUCAUGGUGGAAAACUCUCCCUCUCCUCUGCCUGAGAGAGCCAUCUAUGGGUUUGUGCUCUUCCUAGGAUCACAGUUUGGCUUCUUUCUGUAUUGUCUGUGGGCAUUUAUACCAGAGGAGUGGCUUCAUUCCAUUGGACUCACUUACUGGCCUCAAAAAUAUUGGGCUCUUGCGAUGCCAAUCUAUUUGCUGGUGGCAAUAACAAUUGUUGCAGUGAUGCUGUUUGGAGUUAACAUGAACAACACGGCUCCUCUCGACUCUGUAGACAACAUCACAGAUGUGUAUGCUCAAAACCAGAGGACAGAAGGCUGCCGGAAAGGGGGGAUACCCAGACUGAAGGACGUCUCCAUUAGUGAAGUCAACAAAAUGUUUUACUUGUCACCCAAGCCGUAACAAAUACACAACUCCUGAGAUUGGAUGCAGGGUAGAGGGGAAGGUGUGGAAGAUUUCUUUUGGCAUGUGAGGUCACUGCUGAAGGAACAAGCUUUAUUUAUUUAUCCAGGAACAAUGUACGCAGAGUGAAUGCAUAUUACUACAUAUUAAUGACAUACUGAUGAUUUGUAUGUCUAUGUGGGGAAAGAUUACAUGUGUUAAUAAGACAAGGAUUUAUUGAAUGUGGAGUAACACAAUAUCAAGAUCUGCACAAAUUAACAAACAUUGUGAUAUUCAAUAAAUUCCAUAUUUUUUAUGUUUUUAAUAGUUCAACUUUUUACACCUUAGUGUCAUGAACAAUAAAUGAAAUAUGAUAUAAUUUAAAUGAUAUAUUGUUACAUUUUGAAUUUGGGGACCACGGCUAAGAGUUUAGGAGUCAAGCUGCAACA